AUGGACUCUCUUAUCGAGGAAAAGAAACCUCCCAUUACUGAUAUAGAGAUCUUAAAUGAAGCCUUUGCUCGUAAGAAACCUGUUAAAAUAUCUACAAAAGUUGACGUUAUAGAUUUAGAAGAGUUAAAGGACUAUCAAUUAAGGAAGAGAACAGAAUAUGAAUCAUAUUUGAAAAGAAAUCGGUUAGAUAUAGGUCAAUGGAUACGAUAUGCUCUCUUUGAAAUUGAACAACAUGAUAUGAGAAGAGCAAGGUCCAUCUUUGAAAGAGCUUUGCUCGUCGAUAUCUCACAUGUUCCGUUAUGGAUUAGAUAUAUUGACUGUGAAUUAAAAUACAGAUAUGUUAAUCAUGCUAGGAAUCUUUUGGAGAGAGCAGUGUCAACCCUGCCAAGAGUUGAUAAGUUAUGGUACAAAUAUUUAUUUGUAGAAGAAUCCUUAGAGAAUUGGAAUAUUGUUCGAUCUCUCUAUAAUAGAUGGGUCUCUUUAGAACCAAAUUUUAAUGCAUGGGAUUCUUAUAUUGAUUUUGAGAUCAGACAGAAUCAAAUGAAUAAUGUUAGAAAUAUAUAUUCAAGAUAUGUUAAUGUUUUUCCAGAGACUACGCAGGUUUGGUUUAAAUGGUUAAAAUUUGAAUCUAUAUACGGAUCUAAUAGUACAAUUCGGAAGGUUUAUUCAAUUGCAGUAGAUACUUUGAUAUCACAUGAGGAAACUCUAUCGAAUAUCCCAGAUUUUCAAGAGAAUUUAAUCGAGUUGAUCAUAUCGUUUGCUAAUUGGGAAGCAUCUAUACAAGAAACUGAGCGUGCUAAAGCAAUAUUUAGUCUUGCUAUCGAAAAAUGGCCUAAUAAUACAACUUUAAAUAAAUCAUACUUAGACUUGAAGAAAAGGUAUGGCGAUAGUCAAACGAUUGAUGAAGGUGUCUUAAUGAAAAGGAAAUCACACUACGAGAAAUUGUUGUCUGAAAGAAAAAAAGAUUAUGAUACAUGGUGGAUAUAUUUAGAUUUUAUUGAAGAAAAUUUCCCUUCUCAGAUGUUAGUUAGUUUAGAAAAAGCUACAGAUCUGAAUAAUAAACCUCCAUUAAAUCUAACCCAGAGCAAAGUUAACAUUUCGUGGCAAAGAUAUCUGUAUUUAUGGAUAAGGCGUUUAAUUUAUAUUGAAUUAAAAUCAAAUGAUAUUAGUCGAUGCCGAGAAUUGUAUAGUAAAGUUAUUGAAGAGAUUAUAAUACCAUCAAAAUUGAGUUAUAAUAAAAUUUGGUUAAUGUUCGCACAAUUUGAAAUUAGGCAGGAGAAUAUAGAUUUAGCAAGAAAAAUACUUGGACGAUGUAUUGGCAUAUCACCAAAUGAGGAAUUAUUUCAAGAAUAUAUAAACAUUGAAAUUAAACUAAAAGAGUUUGAUAGAGUGAGAAAAUUGUAUGAAAAAUUUAUUGAAUUUAAUCCAAUGGAUAUGUCCACUUGGUUUGCAUAUAUUCAAUUGGAAGAGAAUUUGGGUGAUGAAGAUAGGGUUAGAGGUAUAUUUAGAAUUAUGUUGAAUAACGAAGUAAUGAAUUUAGGACUAGGUGUUAGGAAAAUAAUUAUGGAAAAAUUUAUAACAUUUGAAACAGAUGUGGAAGAAUAUAACAAUGGUAAAUCUCUUUAUAGAGAAUUUUUAGAAAUUACUAAUUAUUCUCUAGAAACAUGGAUAUCAUAUGCAAUGUAUGUAUGUUCGGUACCAACAGACGACCAGUUAAUCGCUAUGUCAGAGGCAAAUCAGGAUUUAGAUGAGGAUAAUGAAAUAAUGUUUGAACCAGAUGAAGUUAAUUUUGAUAAAGGUAGAGAGGUCUAUGAGGAAGCCUUGAUGUAUUUUAAAAAUAAGAAUGAUUCCAAAAAUAGAUUUGAGUUGUUAAAGGCUUUACAAGAAUUUGAAAAGAGAUUUGGUACUGAUGAGACACAAGACAGGGUUUCUAAAAGGCUGCCUAAAUUAGAAAGAAAACGAUUUUUACAAAAUGGGGUUGAGUUGGAGAAGAUCAAUUAUAUAUUUCCUGAGGAUAAUGAAUUAUCAGUUGAGUCAGAAAAUAAUUCUUCUAAAUUCUUAGCUUUGGUUAAGAAAUGGAAACAAGACCAAAACAAAUAA